CAAACGGUAUGGGAAAUAUUUCUUCGAUUGAGGAAAUAGAAUUCGGUGACAAAAUCGGAGAAGGUUCGUAUGGCGAAGUGUGGAAGGCCGUGUGGAAAGGCAAGCAAGUUGCUGCCAAACGGAUUCUACCUAUCCUUGUAGACCUCGAUGACAGUCAAAGAGAAGCCAUCUUGGCAAAGUUUAAGCAGGAAUGGGAGAUUCUUUGCAGCAUUCAGCACGAGAACAUUGUGCAGUAUUACACUGUCAUUCAUCCACCUUCUCCAGAGAGCCCCAUUAUUGUGACAGAGUUGCUGGAGUGCGAUUUGGCCAAACACAUACGGAACUCAACGACCAAACCAAAAGUUCCUUUCUCAGACAUAAUUAAAAUCAUGCUGGACGUCGCCGAAGGUUUACAUUAUAUUCAUACCCUAAAAAAACCGAUUGUACAUCGCGACUUGGCGAGCAAAAAUGUAUUGUUGACGAAACAAUUGCAUGCAAAGAUUGCAGAUUUGGGUCAGGCGAAAGCGUUCCCUUGUGGUGCAAUGUACGCGACUGCCGUGCCGGGAACACCCGUGUAUGCCGCUCCAGAGACGUAUCCCACGGGGUUGGGAGGACUACCGAGGGGCGAUAAAGCGAGAUACUCCGUCAAAAUCGAUAUCUUCUCGUUUGGAGCCAUGCUGCUGGAGAUUAUUAUUGGUCAUUUACCAGUGGGUAAUUUGCCUGACCCGGUUCUUGAAGACGGGGAAAUAGUCCCAGAGUACAUUCGCCGUCAUGAGGAUCUAGAAGAGAUGGGUCCGAGCCACCCUCUACGCAAUCUUGUUUUGCAGUGUUUGAAAAACUCUCCCGAGGAAAGGCCCAGCGCUGGUGAGAUUAAAGAAGAACUUAGCAAGGCUGUUAGCGAGACACUAUCAGAUAGUCCCUCUGAUGUUAGGGAUGUCGUUAAGUCCAUUGAUCAUUAUGAUCACAAGUUUAAGCUUGUCGUACUUGGCGAAACAGGUGUGGGUAAGACAUCUAUCGUGACCCGAUUCCUGGAUACCAACAGCCAGCUUUCUGAGAUAUCGUUUUCAAGAAACGUCGAGUCUGAAGAUCACUUUGUGGGACUGCGUUUCCCCGAUAAGUCAAUCCAUCUUCAUAUCGUCGAUGUAGGCGGUCACAAGUUCACCAAAUCAGAAGCUGACACAAACUGUGAUUCACCACUUCCUGAACUUACUAGAAGCUCUUUAAGAGUGCAACUCCACCCCACCACCCAAGCUUUAUCCGAUGUGCAAUCUGACACCACGUAUGCUCGUUUGCGCAAAGCUCAGUCCCUAAAGCGGAUCAACAAGGACAAAACAGCUGCAAUUCAAGAUGGCGCUCGCAGAACAGUCACCUGA